GCCGUUCCCUCCCACUAUCCGGCUCACUAUGAAGGAGCUGUUUGAGGACGGCAAGCCCAAGGUGGAGGUGCUCAAAAGCCACCUGGUGAAGGAGGGCCGACUGGAGGAGGAGGUGGCCCUGAGGAUCAUCAACGAUGGGGCCGCCAUCCUACGCCAGGAGAAGACCAUGAUUGAGGUGGAGGCUCCCAUCACAGUGUGUGGUGACAUUCACGGCCAGUUCUUUGACCUGAUGAAGCUGUUUGAAGUGGGAGGUUCGCCUAACAACACAAGAUACCUCUUCCUGGGCGAUUACGUGGACAGGGGCUACUUCAGCAUCGAGUGCGUACUGUUUCUGUGGGUUCUGAAGAUCAACCAUCCCAACACCCUCUUCCUUCUCAGAGGCAACCACGAGUGCCGGCAUCUCACAGAGUACUUCACCUUCAAACAGGAGUGUAAAAUCAAGUAUUCGGAGCGGGUAUACGAUGCGUGCAUGGAUGCCUUUGACUGUCUCCCGCUCGCCGCACUAAUGAACCAGCAGUUUCUUUGCGUACACGGGGGGCUGUCUCCAGAGAUCAACUGCCUGGAUGACAUUAGGAAAUUAGACAGAUUUAAGGAGCCGCCAGCCUUCGGACCCAUGUGUGACCUGCUGUGGUCCGACCCGUCUGAGGAUUACGGCAGCGAAAAGUCGGCAGAGCACUUCAGCCAUAACAGCGUACGAGGCUGCUCCUACUUCUACAGUUAUCCAGCAGUUUGUGAUUUUUUGCUAAAUAAUAAUUUGUUGUCAGUAAUCAGAGCACACGAAGCUCAGGAUGCAGGGUACCGAAUGUACAGAAAAAGCCAGACGACAGGCUUCCCCUCAUUAAUUACAAUUUUCUCGGCACCUAAUUAUCUAGACGUCUACAACAACAAAGCUGCUGUGUUGAAAUACGAAAACAAUGUGAUGAAUAUCAGACAGUUCAACUGCUCCCCUCACCCGUACUGGCUGCCCAACUUCAUGGACGUCUUCACUUGGUCCCUGCCCUUUGUCGGGGAGAAAGUUACAGAGAUGCUGGUUAACGUCCUGAACAUCUGCUCUGAUGAUGAGCUCAUGUCAGAGGGAGACGAUACCUGUGAAGGUGGUACUCCAGCGGUGCGCAAAGAGGUCAUCAGAAACAAGAUCCGAGCCAUUGGCAAGAUGGCGAGAGUGUUCUCUGUACUCAGAGAGGAGAGCGAGAGUGUGCUGCAGCUCAAGGGGCUUACUCCUACUGGAACCCUGCCCCUGGGUGUGCUGUCUGGGGGUAGACAGACCCUGGAAAGCGCCACCGUAGAGGCAGAGGAAGCACGAGCAAUUCAAGGCUUCUCCCCUCAGCACAAAAUCCGCAGUUUCGAAGAGGCGCACGCGCUGGACAGGAUAAACGAGAGGAUGCCCCCGCGCAGGGACACCCUUGCUCAGCCCGACGGGACAGUGAACUCCCUAAACGCAGCCAACUCUCCAGACAAGAACGGGACGGGCAACCAGACACAGUAACCUGGCAGAGAGAGGGCAAUGACGAGAGAAAUAAAAUCGUGGUUUUAUUUAUUUAUUGACAUAAAAAAAUAAUACAAAAAAAGACAACAAAAAACGCAAAGCGCGCUCGAGAGAAACGCAACGUUGUCCAAGUAGAACUGGUCCAACGGCAGUUUCGAGUAGCCUUUACUUAACUACGACAACGAGAGAGAGAGGGAGAGAGGGAGAGAGAGACCAUUUUGUAAAUUUGAAUUGAUGUACAAGGUAAAUAACAACACCUUUUUAUUAUUCAGGAAUUAUAUACGAUAUAGUUCAACCGAGUGCUUCUGUGUUGUGUUUCUGUGUAUGUGAGGGAGCAUUUAAAAAAAUUAUAUAUAUAUAUAUAUAUAUAUAUAAAUCCAAAUUCGGAUUUGAAAUAAGUUGGGCGGGAUUCUAAAUCAAAAUUAGAUACAGUGGCAUGUUUGGAAUACACUCACACCAGCCUUUCACACCAACACCAGAGAGAGAGGAAUAUGCAUGAGAAUUAUUUGAUGAGCUGCUGUUGUCUGUCCAGAAAGCAAAAUAUCGAAGUAGUUGUACGCUAGGUUGUGCAAUGUAACGCUUGGACAGCAGUGUGUAACAAGUGAUCAAAAAAUGGGUGACUUGAUGCUUCCCCUUUGAACUUGUUAUGCCAUAUAAUUAUAUACAUGUAUGUAUAUGAUGUUUUUUUUAUGUGUUCCCUUAUUUAAAUGUGAGAGAAGUAUUUUCUACCGACUGAAAUAUGGUACUCAGUCUUGGUAUAAAACUAAGCCAAUUCUGCAGUUUUAUGUAUUAUAAAGUAAUUCUAUUGUAAUCUUCCAAAACGGUUCCUUAGGGAAAAAAAAAAACAAAACAACAAAGCAUUAUCAAAUAUCUGGUUUUAAUUCCAGUGCAGUAUUUUAAAAUUAUUUGCAUCUUAAGUGAAGACUGACUAAAAUUUACAGCGUGUAGGGAUCUGCUGGUCACCACUGCAGAAAUGCACAGCAGGUGUGAAUAUAUUGUCCUGGAUUACAUUGCGUUUUUAUUAAAUUAAACUGGUUUGUAGGUUCAAAAUCUUCUUUUGCAUUUAAAAAAAAACUCUUUAAGUAUGAAAUAAAGAAGAUAUUAAGGCCACUUUUUUUUUUUGUUUUUUUUUUUGGCUCUUGUUUCUGAGUUCUGUCGACCGUUUUCAAACAUAUCUUGCAGAAUGUACAGAAAUAUUGUUUAUUGUUCAUUUCUUAGCUGUAAAACCUUUUUUGUCAAGUAGUCGUAUUGCAAGGCCUCUUUUAAAAAACUGAGUUGUAUCACUCAAAAAAAAAAAAGAAAAAAGGAAAAAUGUCUUUUUUUUAUUUCUGUUAAUAUUUGACACAAUCUUUGGGUGGGUGGGAGAAAUAGUUCGCUUUAAAAUACUAUUCUGAAGAUUCUUUACAUAUAAAAAAAACCACAACACAAUCAGUAAUGUGUUUAUUUUUUGUAUUUAUUAUAUAGCGGUGUGUAAAUGCAAAAUCGCCCCACAGUAUUUAAUCUAUGUAAGUGCAAUACAACAGCUGGUCACUAGGUGGCGCCAAGUUGGUAAGACUACAAAUACUGUGUACAAUGUCUUAAAUUAAAACACAGACUAUUGAAAAGAUACUUGUUAUCGCACACUGCCUGUGACUAACAGGGAUAGUAAUACAGUGUUAUAAAACAUUAGCGAGCCCUUCAAACUUUGGAGAAAGAAUCAGUAAACAAACAAAAAAACUGCACUACUAUGAAAGUAGAUGUACAACAGCAAAGAAACACAGGCUUCUGCUCAGACUGUGAGAUGUUAAAGGGAAUCGUGUGCAAUCUGCUCCUGGAACCGGACUCUGCAGCUGUUUGCCAUACCCGACAAGGGCUUGGUAGUUUCGUCUGUUUUAGUUUCACCAAAUGUUUCAGAAAUCGAAAGUAUUCCAUUGGCUUUUUACAGUAGGAAAACAAGUUCCACGAUAACAAAUCAGUAGAUGUGGCGUCUAACAUUGAAAACAACUCUUAAUAUUAUAACAACAGAUACUACAUGAAUUAAUGCAAUAUACCUGCAUUAACAUAUAGAUCUGCUGUUUAUUUUCCCUCCCUAAACUGAUGAUGAGUGC